AUGGCGGCGACCGCACCGCAGCUAAAACUGAUCUACUUGGAUCACCACUACUGGCGUGCGGAGUGCGCGCGCCUGGCCCUCUUCAUGGCCGGAGUUCCAUUCGAGGAUGCACGCAUGGGGUACGAGGGCAUGUACGCAUCCGGGGCCCUAACCUUCGGAACUUUUCCGGCCCUGGUCGUGCCGGGAAAGGGCGUGCUGAACCAGACGCAAGCCAUUGCGCGGUAUGUGGGACAUCUCACUGGGAUGUACCCUAGCGACCCCUUCCUGGCUGCGAAGUGCGACGAAGCCAUCGACGGCCUCACAGAUGUCUCGGACCUCGUCACCGAUACCAUGCAGGAGCUUUGUGGUCAAGGUUUCAAGCGUCGAUUUGCCACCGCAUUCGAGCGGGAUCCGAAGCGGAAGAUGGCCUGGAGGGCGGCCCUGGUGGCACCCGAUGGUCGCAUGACCAUGCUGUUGAAUGGCCUUGAAACGCUGCUGAAGCAGAACGGUGCCCGUCCAGUGCCCUACGUGGCAGGCAGUUCACUAAGUGUGGCCGACCUCGCCAUCUGGAGGGCUGUCGGCUGGAUCUCCAGUGGGGUGAUCGACGGCAUAGCUCCUACGUACAUGCAAACUACCUUCCCGCUUCUGUGGGCACUGCAUUGUGCGGUGGACCAGGAUCCCAAGGUUGCAGAGUGGAAGAUGCGAAAUCCCCAUCACUACAAGCGCUGA